UUAUUUAGUGGACGGAACGCUUCUUCAACAACUGCAGCCACCUUGGUAGCUCGCUAGCCAACAAAUUCGGAACAUUCGAGUUCUUUAGACAAUUUCGUGGUUUAUUUGCCACUAUGAUUUAAACAUACUUAUGUGGAAACAACUAGCUACCCCAUUUAAUUUAAUAUUUACGUUGUAAGUAGCUAGCUGGCUGGUUAAAUUAGCACUAGUCUAGUUGCUAAUGCUAACUAGCUAACAUCCCCGACCAUGAGCUUACUAAGCUACUCUCCUCCUGCUAAAGAAGACGAGGCCUGCUGGACAGAGAAAGAAACUCUCGUGGAAGAGGAGGAUGUUACAAAACAAAAACAAGUAGAGGAUGAGACUGUUACAGUGAAAGAAGAAGAAGAAGAGAAAGAUGUUUCAGUGAAAGAAGAGGAAGAUGCGUUCAGAGUGAAAGAGGAGGAAGAGGAUGUUACAGUAAAAGAAGAGGCGGCCGAGAAAGAGGAGGAUGCAGUUUAUGGAGUGAAAGAGGAGGAUGGGGAGAUGACCUUCACAUCCAUAAAGGAGGAGGAGGAAACUGGAUAUCUGGGCCCGGUUUCCCAAAGGCAUCUUAAGGCCAGUGGUUCUAACGAUGAAUUUAACCAUAAGAUGGUUUUUGGAAACCGGGGCCUGGUUAAUACUAGAGAGAGACUUAAUUAUCUCGGGUCCUCUGGGGAGUCUCAACAACAUCAUGAAGCUGACAAGGCAGAUCAGAGUCUCUCCAAAUCAGAACACCUCAAGAAACACCAACAGAGACCCACCGGGAAGAAAUGUCAUUGCUGCUCUGACUGUGGGAAGAGAUUCAACUCUUCAGGAGACCUUAAAAUACAUCAAAGAAUUCACACUGGAGAGAAAUCUUUUGGCUGUGAUCAAUGUGGGAAGAGAUUUACUGAUUCAAGCAGCCUGAAAUCACACCAGAAAACACACACAGGAGAUAAAUCCUAUAGCUGUUAUCAAUGUGGGAAAAGUUGUACUACAUCUAGCCAUCUAAUUGUACACCAGAGAACACACACAGGAGAGAAACCUUUUAGCUGUGAUCAAUGUGGGAAGAAAUUUACUGUGUCAAACUCCUUGAUGGUGCACCAGAGAAUACACACAGGAAAGAAACCUUAUAGCUGUAGUCAAUGUGGGAAGAGUUUUACUCAACCAGAAAGCCUGAUUGUGCACCAGAGAAUACACACAGGAGAGAAACCUUAUAUAUGUUAUCAAUGUGGGAAGAGUUGUACGACAUCUAGCCAUCUAAUUGUACACCAGAGAACACACACAGGAGAGAAACCUUUUAGCUGUCAUCAAUGUGGGAAGAGUUUUGGUACAUCUAGCCAUCUAAUUGUACACCAGAGAACACACACAGGAGAGAAACCUUAUAGCUGUGGUCAAUGUGGGAAGAGUUUUAGUCAAUCUAGUGAUCUGACAGUGCACCAGAGAACACACACAGGAGAGAAACCUUACAGCUGUGGUCAAUGUGGGAAGAGUUUUGUUCAAUCUGGCCAUCUGACAGUGCACCAGAGAACACACACAGGAGAAAAACCUUAUAGCUGUGGUCAAUGUGGGAAGAGUUUUAGUACAUCUGGGUAUCUGACUAUACACCAGAGAACACACACAGGGGGGAAAUAUUGUAGCUGUCAUAAAUGUGACAAGAAAUUCUCAGAUAAAAGACUUCUGAUCAAACAUCAGAAAAUACAUACAUGAAGCAAUUGUUUAAUGAAAUCAAUGAAAUAUCCCACCUAGCAAAAUGCAAUUGAAAAGAAGACUAUGGCCGAAGUCCAAAAUACGUUCGGUUUUAGUUGAAAGUUAAAAAUAUGUAUUUUCUUUUUUUUUUUUUUUUUGAAUGACUUGAAAACGACUUAAUUUCAACGUACUUGCAGCCUAUACACAUGGACGCAGUAUGAAAAAUUAGUCUGUAAUCAAUUUUAUUAACAAUCUGACAUCACACCAGUAUUUCUUUACAACUUUCAAAUGCUAAUUUGAAGAAGCAUGUCUCAAAUCACCUCAUAUUUCAAACAUUCAGCCUGACAAAAGAUACAUAUUUUAUUAUUCCAUGCCUCACCAUUAAGUGAAUUAUUGCCAAUACAUAUUAACAAAGGGGUAGUACAUUUGGUUUUGAUAUAUUUACAUUUCUUGUAACAGUUAGUAAUCAUAAUUAUUUAUGCAACCAACUGACUAUUUUGGGUACAAUUAUAUUGACAUUGUUGCACUGCUUUUAGAAUAUGAGGGAUAAUUCUCAGAUGUGCCAACCCAAAUGUACUAGAGCAUGACAUUGGGGACUGGGCCCCCGAUCCUAUAACAUGCCUAUCGAGUGAACCCUGAAAAGAGAGAGAAGAUCCGCAGUGAGGGGUAAAGUUACUACAGAUAUUAAGGAGCUAGUUCUAGAAGCUAGUGAGUUUUAGGAUUCUAUAGAAAGAAAAAGGAGAAAAUAUAUUAUUUUAUUAUGUUAUUUAGAAGUGUUUUUUCUUGUUUUUAAUUGUUGACAGCCAGUAGACACCAUGUUUAUAUUGGUGAAGCAUUGUAGUUGAUUAUAAUGUGAAAUGGAAGUUGUUUUUUCUGUAUGUGGUGAGCAAACUUGUCCAACAAAAAUAUAGGAUUUAUUUGUUGUCUUAAGGGGGAAGGUGUUCCAGGUUUUGGUUUUUCCAUUUACGUUUUGAGGCACGAAUAGCUCGUUAGCACGUGGGACGCACUGAUUGGUGUCACCUCUUUCGUCAGUAUGUGUUAAACCUGUGCUGGCUUGUCCAUCUUGUUAGUGGGCAGGUGUUUCAUCUGAGCUGAUCCAGGUUCUAUUUAAGAGUGUCUGGCACAGUGUUCCAGUUGUUUUGAUAGAUGUGGAGAGUCAACACCUUUAGUUGCGCCACUUUUUUGGUUUGUUUCCUGUCUUUAAGUUUGGUGUGGGUUUUUCUUUUGUUUUCUUCUUCUUGGGCAGAUUUAGUGGGUCUCAUGGUGGGUGUCUUUUAGGUCCCAGUUGUUACUGGUCAACUUUCAGGGGACACCCCCAUUGUGUCUUUCAGAACCCCUCGUAAAACCCCACCUGUUUUUAGUUGUGGUUGUUGUCAGUGACUCUUUGUUAGUUCCCUCUUCUGUUUGAGCAACACUUUUUUUAUGGGGAACGUAACAAACAAUGUAGUAAAACAAAUUUAUAUUUUGGGUUGGCUAUUGCAUCCAAUUGUUAAUAUUUUAAUCAAAGGCAUUUCCUUAAUGUUCAUUAGUCUUUCAGUUAUUCUUCUGUUUUUUAUCCUCUUAUGUUUGUUGUGUACUAAAUAUUUCUCUUUAUUUUCAUUGUUUUUUCCUGUGAAGCCAUUGUGUUGCAUCCAUGUCUGAAAUGUGCUGUAUAAAUAAAGCUUGAUUUGAACAUAUUGC